CAGUGAUAUCGAUGAAAAUGUCUUGCUGCGCCGGUAGCAAGAAUGAGGAACGCACCGAGCCGACACGAGUACGGGGAUGCACGGAUGUUUUUUGGCUGUGCUUUUUCAUAGCGUUCUGGUUUCUUAUGAUCUUAAUUGCUGCCUUUGCAAUAGUUUAUGGCAAUCCUUUGCGACUCAUAAAUGGAUACGACAGUUUUGGGAACACGUGUGGCAUGAAGAAUAAUCCACAGUUUGGCAGCAUGGAACUUUCUGGACAAGAUACCAGCGACAAACCAUACUUAUUUUUCCUGGAUAUAAAUAAUGUCACGCAGUCAUUGAAGAUUUGUGUAAAGAAAUGUCCCGACAGAAUUUUGCGGACAAUGGAAGAUAUCUGUAAAUUUUACAAAGAGACAGGAUCACAAUUGUGCCACGAUAGACCGGGCGGUGAUUUCAGUGCGUGCAACAGCGAGAGUAGUAUAUUCAAGAACGGAUCUUGCCCUGAACGACCGGUUUACCCAAGUAUACCUGUUUUAAAUCGAUGUAUCCCUAAGGCAGUGAAGGAAGUGAGCGAAACAAUAAUCUCAAAUUUAUAUGGUUUAAUCAAUUCGUGGGAUGUUAUUGAACAGGUUUUGGGAGACUUAUGUAAAACCUGGAAGCAAAUUCUGGCAUUAUCUUUUGUUGCCUGUGUUUUAUCACUCUUUACAAUAGCUAUUUUUCAUUUAUUGGCAAGUGUUGUAACAUGGAUUAUAAUCGUACUUGUAAGCAUUGCUUCCACAGUGGGUACAAUUCUUUUGUGGAUGACAUAUGUUGAUAUUAAGAAAACCUUGGACAAAACUGAUCCAAAUCAACUUCUUGAAGAAGCUGUCAGAAAUGAAAGAGCAUUUCUCGCAUUUUCCAUUAUCGCUACUAUUAUCACUGUUAUUUUACUGUUUCUUUCAUGUAUAUUACGCAAACGCAUCAAUUUUAUGGCGGCACUAUUCAAAGAAAGUGCAAAAUGCUUAAGAGAAUUGCCUGGCUUAUUUUUCCAACCAAUCUUGACAUUUAUAUCUUUGAUAUUGUUUUUUGCCUUUUGGAUAUUUGUAAUUCUUUGUCUUGCAACAGCAAAUUAUCCUGAAACAAAAUCAGUACAAAUGUAUAAAAAUACUAUAUUUGAUCCUGUCAACUUAAGCUCGGUUGGUGAAAACGCUCCAUUAAUUGAAGAGAAGAAGAUCGAUUUUUUUCUUGAUUCUUUCAAAACUUUUACUCUCGUGGAAUAUGUUGAUGUGACUUGGGUGAAAUACAUGUGGUGGGUAUAUCUUAUAGGAUUGAUAUGGACAUCGGAAUUUAUUAUUGGAUGUCAAGGCAUGGUAAUAUCAGGUUCUGUUGCUCACUGGUACUUCAGGGAUAAAAACGCCAGCUCAUUUCCAGUAUGUUCAUCCAUAGGACAUUUAGUUUGCUAUCACAUGGGUUCUGUAGCAUGUGGAUCACUUUUGAUAACUAUGUUUAAGUUACCUAGAUUGAUUUUAACAUAUUUGUAUGCUAAAUUCGAAAAAACUAAAGAAACAUCUCCAUGCGCUCAGUGUGGUUUAAAAUUCUGCAUUUGCUGUUUCUAUUGUUUGGAAAAAUUCAUUCGCUAUAUGAAUCAUAAUGCAUACACUGUUGUUGCUAUAGAGGGUACCCACUUUUGCAAUGCAGCCAGAAUAGCUUAUGCAACACUUGUCAGUAAUGCUCUUCAAAUAGCAGUGAUCAAUGGAUUUGGCGAUUUUAUAUUGUUCUUGGGAAAGUGUUUCGUUACAGCUGCAACCGGAAGCAUUGCAUUACUUUUUAUGAGACAAAACCCGGAGUUACAUUUUUACGCUAUCCCGAUUUUUGUUAUUUGCGUUUUCUCGUUUUUCAUUGCUCAUUGUAUAAUUUCCCUUUACGAAACUGUUAUCGAUACACUAUUCUUAUGUGUAUGCGAGGAUAAGAAUUUAAACGGUGAAAAUGGAAAGUGGCGUCAGUCUGCAUUAGCACAAAUCGGAGCCUCUAGCAGUAACGCAAACGGACAACAAUCUCACGAAAUGACACCAAUAAACGGAUAAGUAUCCGAUAUUUUAGACAUCUUUUUUAUACACAUUUUUGUA